AUGGCUAAAAGGUGGUCCAUACAUCAGCUAGAUGUUAAAAAUGCUUUUCUGCAUGGUGACUUACAGGAAACAGUUUAUAUGCAUCAACCUCCGGGUUUCUAUGAUCGGAGAAAGCCCGAAUAUGUCUUCCGUCUUCGCAAGGCUCUAUAUGGUUUGAAACAAGCCCCAUGGGCUUGGUAUCAACAUUUUGCAAAUUUUUUGAUCAAGUUGGGAUUCGUCAUUGCUAAGAGUGACACUUCUCUUUUCACGUUUAAGCAAGGGAACGACUUAGCAUAUUUACUGCUUUAUGUUGAUGAUAUUAUUCUAAUCACUUCUUAUGACAGGUUGCACACGGGAAUUAUUUCUAGCUUACAGACAGAAUUUCCCAUGUCGGACCUAGGGCCACUGAGUUAUUUUUUGGGAAUUGCAGUUACUCGCACACCCUCUUUUAUGUUAUUGUCUCAGCAAAAAUAUGCACAGGAAAUAUUAGAGCAUGCAGGUAUGAGUUCUUGUAAACCUGCCGCCACUCCUGUCGACACUAAGUCCAAACUUAGUGCUAAUACGGGUUCUCCAUUCCGGGAUCCUACUCUGUAUCGCAGCCUUGCAGGUGCACUUCAAUAUCUUACUUUUACUCGUCCAGAUAUUGCUUAUGCGGUACAACAGUUGUGUUUAUUUAUGCAUGAUCCUAGGGAGCCGCAUUUUGAUGCGUUAAAACGCAUUCUGCGCUAUAUUCAGGGUACAAUUGAUCACGGUUUACAUUUAUAUCCUUCUGCUCCUACUUGCUUGAUUACUUAUACUGACGCUGACUGGGGAGGUUGUCCUGACACCCGUCGUUCCACAUCGGGUUACUGUUGUUUUCUCGAGGACAACCUCGUUUCUUGGUCAGCAAAGCGUCAACCUACUUUGUCUAAAUCAAGUGUAGAGGCGGAGUAUCGAGGCGUUGCAAACGUGGUUUCUGAAGCAUGUUGGCUUCGUAAUUUAUUAUUGGAGCUUCAUUGUCCCCUCCGACAGGCUACUAUCGUUUACUGUGAUAAUGUCAGUGCAAUCUAUCUCUCUAGUAACCCGGUUCAUCACCAACGCACCAAACUUGUGGAAUUGGACAUCUACUUUGUUCGGGAAACGGUUGUGUUGGGUGAGGUACGGGUCCUUCAUGUUCCAUCACGAUAUCAGUUUGCAGACGUCUUCACUAAGGGCCUAUCAAGGGAGCUAUUCUUAGACUUCAGAUCCAGUCUCUGCGUACGACCUCCUCCCGCUUCGACUGUGGGGGUGUGA